ACGACCGCGAAGAACGACAGAAUCAGACACCGUGGAAAGCACAUCUCGUUUCGGAACGUAUAACGACAGAAAACCAGACACCGUCGUCCCCACGCGACGAUCCUUCUCCGGCCCCUCCAAGGACCAGUCUGGACAGUGGGGCUUACAGGGAUAGGGAGUUUUAGCGGGUAAGUACUGCACCACUCCAUAGUAGAUACGGGGAAUCCCACGAGAUCUUGGUAAAACAACCUCGGACCUUUCAAAGAAGGAGAAGGUUCAAAGAAGGCUGGGGAUUGCGUGGGAUUUCCCGCACCGCUUACAAGGCGGUAAAGGACCUACCUACCCUACCCGCUAAAACUCCCGUGGUGUUCUACUAUACAUAUACGUACUAAAGGGAGAUUCUGGGAACGUCGACAACGCAACUUCCAGUGCUGGACGCAACUGACUCCAAGCUUUUCCACCAAGUACGAAGGAAUGCUAGUCGAUCAGAAUUGAAAGCUACUUGUAGGGCGCUUAAUCCCAUCGCUACUGGUAGUAUCACGAGCGUUGGAGGGAGAAGCACCAAGGAGGAGUGGAAGAAGGCAGAGAUGGUUGCGGGACCUGAUAACGUAGGCCUGCCCCGACUAAUUACUCGUAUUUACUCGCAGAAGGAGAAGAAGACGGCACGGAGCGACGUAGAGCACGAAGAGUCCCGGGGUAGUAGGCACGAGGAAGGUUGUCCGAGAGGAACGAGCAAAAGAUGGCCUGUCCAGAAAAGCCGGUCACGGCGCUCACCGUCUCCCUCGUCUACCUUCUGGCACUCUUCGGUUCCUACUGUCAAAUGGCACCAGGAAAGACUCCAAGCCUGUUUGACUAGAUACUCGAUCCUAGGCUACCUGCGGACCCUAGGCGGAAUACUUGGGUUGGAAGGAUGUAAUCAUUUACAUCUCAAAACAAGCAACAGGAAUGUAGAACCUCGUGCUUAAACAUUCCGUAGACAUUGUUGAAUAAAAUAAACAUCGCAAGAUGAAUUUUCUAAACAAAACCUUAUAUUACGGUUUACCUAUACCGUUAAACCAAGGAAAACGCGUAAGGAUAACAUACUAAUCACCGAUACGUAUAAACCGCACUGUCCUCUCGUAACAACCGUUUAAUUUAUUAUUUAUAUUUAGUACCGGAACACUAAAAUUAAUUAUUGUAGAUAAUAUUGACACACUUUUCCACUUUUCGAUGUCCCUAUUAUCAGUAUAUAAUAAUUUAGUAUAAUUCGGAGCUCGUUAAAAUUAUUUUAUAUAAUAAAGUCUAAGACUGGACUCUCUAAAACUAGGAACUUUAUGCAUACAUCCGUUACUUUUUUCUACUUCUUAUCGCGAACGAACAAUUUUGUAAAUACCCUACUCAUUGGUUCGGCGAUAACUUACGUUUAAUUGAAACAGAAGCGGUACCAUUUCUGUGUCUGUGUCGUGUAGCAGGGACUCCGUGAAUUAACGGUGUCGUUAGAUUGUGUAGGUGUGCGUGAGUACGUGCGUACGUAUGUACACGCAAAAGGGAUUGCGACCGCGUACAUCUCGUUGUCGGUUUAGAACAGUGAUCCAGACUCUGACGUACAAGGUGGUUCCAAAAUAUCAAUUCCAUAUUGAUAUAAUAUAAUAUUAGAACAUCUCAAACGAAUGGUAAAGCUUGACAUCUACAAAUCUUAUUCUCGUAUACUUUCUUUCCAUCCUCGAACUGAUCGUUAUUUAUUUUAAGAUCUCGUUGUUCGAUUGACUUUCGUCUCCAUCGCAUUUCGAAGCCACCCUGUACAUAUAACCGUACGAAUACAUUCACCCGUCGCGUGCACGUUGCAUAGCAAACGCACACGCGUGUACACGUUCACUUGCUGACACAAGUAUUCCCAAGAAUCCACGAUUCUAUCCUAGAGUUUAUUUCUUGUCGAGUCAGUCUUCGUUUCACGGCUUAAAAAGCAAAGCCAAGGCGAGGCAAGUAAUUGCGAACUGAUUUCAACGUACACCCGCGUGUUAACUUCACGCCGCGAAAGUCGUUUUCGCGUCUACCGUCGUAAUUCAAUUUGCAUUUGAUUAUUAACGUAAACUAGACAAUGCGGACGCACGCGCUGCUCGACAAUUACCGCGAUUAGGGCGACCUAAGCUAAAAUUUUAUCUUUCAAUCUUCCGAGUAUUUUUGUGGUUCGUUUCGGUAAUUGUAGCUGUAGUUAUAGUACAGUGGGCGAAGAACCAGUUUAACGAGCAGUUUAUUUAUUGCAAAUUACUUCAGUCUUCAUCACGCUUGGCUAACCGGUUUCGAGAUGCGACGUGUUGAUUGAGUAAUUACACAGAGUCGAACGAGGAAGUCAUCUAAUUUUAUAUGUUUCUUCUUAUGCAUCGUUCAAAUUCUUGACGUCAAAAUGUCCAUCUUCUUGGAAGUCCGCGAAAAGAAGAAAUCGUUUCUUCUCAGUUUUUUAAAUACCGGCCAGCCAGAGAAAUUGUUACUUUUUCUUUAUUAAAAAAAAAAAAAAAGAAGAAGAAGAAGAAGAAGAAGAUAACGUUCGACAUUAGUCGAAUUAACGUUCGACUAUAGUAUUGAGAUAGCCGAAACAGAGUGCUUCGUAACCCAAUCACUGUGGACUGUAGCAUCUCUGCCCGCCCACGCAUACGUGGUAGACGUAGCGCUACACACGUAUCAACCCGCAUGGGACGCUCUCACACGCGCACAGUCCGUGUAUCCUGUGUGUCUCAUCGGUUUAGACGAGAGGUUCCGGAGUAACAAUGUUUUUCAGUCGACGCGUGACUCUCGCCGGGUCACAUUCCGAAAUACUUUUUCCGGCUGGCCGAUCGUUGGCGAGCGGUUUCGUCGAGCGAAGACGCGACAAAGGCGAUCGAUUCCGUUCGGUUUACCGACUCCUGGACGAUUAUGUUCGCGUACUGGAUGCUGUGGAUGAUUGUUGCAGCCGUGGCAGGGGCCACCAGAGGCUGGAACGUGGGAAGUGGCCUCGAGUACAAGCUGACGACGACCUUGCUCUUCAACGAGGCUGCUCCGUCGAAAUCCAGCGGGGACGUUGGCUUCCGAAUGACCGGCGGCCUGGACGUGACCGCCGUUUGGCACAUGCCCACCGACCGCGACACCUUUUUGCUCAGUAUCGAGCUGGUAUCGCCGCAGUUAUGGAUCAAGUCUCGAAGAGCCCCCGAACCAGAGGGUUUCGUCGAGCAUUCGUCUCAGGUGAGCGUGAUCGCCAGGAAGCCAUUGUUGGUGGUCUGGAAGAACGGGGAGAUUAAAUCUGUGUACAUGGAUCCAUCGGAGAGCGUCUCCUCGGCGAAUCUGAAGCGCGGCCUGGCUAGCCUCUUCCAGUACAGAGUGUUCGACGACGACGUUGAAGAACGAGACGCCUCUGGUCUCUGCAACGUGAUCUACCACUCCUUGGGUCCCAAGACAGUAGGGAAACGAAAGACAUUCUGCGAGCAGAGCGCUCUGCCACCGAGAAGACGCCAUCCUAAUCCUCUCUUCGGCGUGAAACUCGCGAGUACCCGCAAUUCCACUUACGAGCUCACGCAGAACCUUUUGCCAAGUAUGGUUCGCGACGAGGAGAGGCAUGAAAUGACGCUGACCGCUAGACCGGAAAUUGGCACCAUUGUUAUAUCGAAAAGGACGCUCGAGUUGGUCCCUGGCACUUUGACCGUGGAAACCGUGCAGGCGAACACCUUGAAAGAAGCUAUCGCAGCGUUGCAACCCAGAUACCAGGAAACGAACAUGGAACUUCAAUUGGAGCAGUCCACUUGUCCCAACGGCGUGUGUCAAACGAUCGAGCAAACGAUCGAGGAGUACCGCAGCGCAUUGGAGAAUAACGCGAUAGGCACGGGAAAAUCGGCGUCAGCGUUCCUGAAGUUGGCACCUCUAGUCAAAUCUGCGACGCCAGACGAGCUCCUCAAGAUAUUGAAAAGCCCGCGGUAUCGUCAAUUAAAAACGCAGCUGUUAGACGUUGUUGGUUCCGUGUCAACGUUGGCAGGCCAUCAAGUGGCCAUGAAGGUCCUCAGACAGGACGAGGUAGGCGAAGACACCGAGAGAUACCUUUGGGCUUUGUCUCUGUCGCCGACUCCCAACGCGGACAUCGUGAAAGAUAUUCUGAAGCGGUCCGAGGAAACAAUCCAGAACAAUAAAGUGUCCGAAACGUUGGCCUUGACCGCGGCAGCGAUGUCGCGCCACUUGGAAUCGGCGACAGCCGUCGAGAAAGCGAGAGUCAGCUUGGAAAUCGGCCUGGACAGCUGCACAGGUGAGGAGUGCAAACUAAAGUUCCUCAGAGCUUUCAGAAACCUGAGAAGCAAAGCUGCGAUACCUACCCUUCUGAGAUUCGCGACCAGCGAGAAUAAGGCGAUCAGCGUGGAAGCUUGGCGGGCGCUAUCCACGAUCCCCAAGGACUCGAUAACCCCCGAGGUGCUAAUUAUCGCCAAGCGAGUCUUCUACCAAAUCGGUGGGCCUAAAAGGGACAGCAGUGCCCGAACAUUGGCGUUGGACAUCAUCCUCGAGUCCAAACCUUCCAAAGAGGACGUCGAAGGCCUGGUGAAAUACUUAACCGGCAACGAUCCUGCCUACGAAAUUCGAAAAUACUUGAGCCAACGUUUGGAACAGCUCUCCGAAAAGGACUCCAAGUUAGCAGCUUACUUGGACGAGAUCCUGACGAGGGCUGGGACGAAUGUGGUCAAUUACAACGUGUUCUCGCAGCGCGGUUUGAGUACUGCUUUUACGAGAAGCUUCCUAAAAUCGGCAGCCAGCAACGGAUCUCUGGUGACGGUGCAGGAAAUCAACUCUGGAUUGUUGAAACGAGGGAUAGUGAACGUGGUCCUGGAGGUCGACGAUCACGAGGAAGCACUGUUCUCUCUAGGACUCUUCGCUGGCGGUCUCGGCAGCUUCGUUUCGAGUUCCGGCGAGGAAGAGGACUCGCAGGAAGACGAAUUGGCCACAGCAGGAAUGGAGAUCGAUUUUCUGGGCGUUGGUAUCAGGCCGUUCAUCUUCUUCUCCGGGCAAGGGGAGCUAAUGGGUCACGUAUGGUCUGGCACCGCUUCCACGCGGACUCCAGCGUUCCAGGCUCUGGCUUCCAUUCACAACUACAACGAGUACAUUCCUUUAGCCUCUGGUAUCGUUGCAGAGUCCGACGUUCAGGGUGCGGUGAGCUUUGAUUUGGCAGGGCAAAUACUGCUUAGUCUGUGGUCCAGAAACGCUCAGUCGUUGGUAGAUUUGAAAGCAGGUGUGGCGAUCCAAGGUGGCACCAAGGUACGCACCGAUUUCGUGCAGAGCAUCGCGGAGUUUUCAAUGACGAUGGAACCGAAACUGGAGCUGGCAACCGACGUAGAUUUUUCCGGGCCAGUUUCCUUGUGUAUGAGGCUCAGUCAACCUAACGAUGUCGUCAAGUAUCAGAUUUACAAAAUCGAACGAAUAGCUGGCAGUAGACACAGGCUCCGAAAGACUAGAAGAAUGAAGCUACACAAUCCGGGCAGGUCCUAUCUUCUAAACAGGAAGAACAACGAAAUGUGUUCGAAGGUGUUCAGUUAAACUUUGAAGACUGCGUGAGAUGUUGUUGCAGGAGUUUACAAAGACAAUUCUAUUGAAAGUAUCGUUUUCUUUCCUCUGCGUGUUACACGAGACGUUGUUCAAACUGGGAUCGCGUGCCUUUUCUUGUACGUGUGUUGUAUACAUAGGAGUGAUGUAUUUUUAUACUGUGUGAAUUUCAUGCGUAGGCGUUCCUGUGAGGCUUCGUGGACGGAGAGCAGUGGUUCGUUUAUUUAAAAAGUCACACAAACUCAUUCCAAUUAUUAGUACAUUUUCUUUUUUAGCUCUUUUUAAGCUGAUUUCAUUUUGUCCAUGUCUCUUUUUAUGUGCAUUUGUAUAAUGACUUUCCAACUGAACAUUCCUGACACUUUUACACACGCGAAUUUACAAAGUUAGUAACAUCUAAAUAAAUUCCUAUCAAAGUAUAGUUAUCGAAGAUUUUGUCUAAAGUUCCCUUUAAUUCGCAUGUGUUCCGAGGUGAAGGAACUUGUAAUGAACUUGAACGAACUAGAAAUAUAAAAAUAUGUAUGCGAUCUCGAUGUAUUUUAUAAAAUUUAUUCUUACCAACAUAA